AUGGCGCAUGCGGGCGCAUCGCGACGUACCCGAACCGGUGGAGCCGCGUGGAUUUGGAUUUCUCUAUGCGUUGCCGGUUUUCUUGAGAAUGCACAUGGGUUUGAGCUGUGCCAAAGCUUCAAGGGGCACCGUCUGUGGACCCCAAGCCAGCCAAACUCAAGCUUGCUGACAGCUGGGACAACGAGGGCAACCACUCACACGUGCACAGCCGCCGAAGUCCCUAUCACCAGCUGUGGAGAUUCGGGCUGUGACACCACUUGUUGCCCAGCAGCAGAACUCUGGUGCGCCGGUUGCGGCAAUGGUUCUCAGCACGGCUGUGACCAGUGCUCAGGCGGCUUCAUCAACGUAGGCGGUUCGAGCGAUUCCAGGGACACCCGCUGUGAAGCCUGCAUGGACACACCAGCCUGGAUAAACAAAGAUGGCAAGACAUGCGUGCAGUUGGAGAAAGCAGAGUGCACGGACGAGGACUUCCAUUUUCUCUCUUCAAACAUGGCUUGCUGUCAGUGUGGAGGGGGGCAUCGCCAAGCAACCUCUUUCGCGUACUUCACGCCAACUUUGGUCCUGGGUCAAGAUGCCAGCGUCACAGGACCUUUGGGCAGGCCCAUUCCCCGAACGGCAAGCCACUACUCGAUCGAUCAGGCCUGCCCGCUUCUGGACUACAACCUGACCUUGAACGCCACAACGGGCGAAGUAGAGCUCGCGAAGGACUGUUCGCGAGUUGGCUGCGGUUCCUCCGAGCCGUUCACUCUUCACUGCACCGUCACGGCCCAUCAGAACGAAGAGCUGAACUUCACCGCCGCGCUCGAUGUGCGCGCAGAGAGGCUCGUCUACGGUGACGACAACGUCCUAUUCGUGCCGAUCGAGUCAGAUAAGUCAGGUGAGUCCGGGGAAUUAUCUUUCUCUCCGAGUGCAAGCAUGAAUCUUAGCGGCGGUGUUUUCUCCAUGAACUGUCUUCCGUCUGAAGACACCCCAUGGCUGAUCCUCGAUGAUGCAACAGGAGUCAUCACCAUCUUGCCAGAACAGGUGAAAAACAAUACUUAUGGCCUCACUGACAUACGUGAACCAAGUGUUGGUCUUUCGCAAGGAAAGGGGAUGAAGUGCCGCGUCCUUUGGGAGAAGAUGCAGUCUGAGAUGCCUGAGAAGGUUUCCGUUUGGCUUCUCAUCCUAAUGCCAGAACCUUGGGCUGGUGUGUCUUGGAGCAGGUCGACAAUUCAGCAGACCAUAGGCGUUGCUUCGCCCCCAACAAUUCCGAUGGACUCUCUUCCAAGGGCAUGGAGCUUGCCUCCCACCAGCUUCACCGCAGCAUGUCCAUCUGACAACACUGAUGUCGCCUUCAAGUUCGAUGUGUUGACAGGCCAAGCCACACUCGAUGGUCAUGAGGCAUUCGUGUUGGAUACCUCCACUGGCAUCUUGGUCUCGCGUGCAAAUUCGAGUUUGUCUUACGUGUUUGAUAGAGAUAGCACACAGCGCAGAAGCCUGUCAUUGAAUUGUACAGUGUUCGGCCAUUACGACUGGAGAGUCGGCCAUCGAAUUACGGUGAGCGGACGGAUAUCCAUUGAGCUACUUGAUGACACCUGCUGGAAGCCAUUGGCGUCGAGCGAGUGGCAGAUUUCAGAGCAGGUGGAUGCCAACUCUUCCAGCAAGUGCAAAUCUGCCUGCCGGAGCAUGGCGAACUGCUCGCACUACAGGUUCAACGAGACCGCUGGGACCUCCAGCUGUCUGUUCUUGCGGGCUCGCUGUCUAAGCGGCUAUAGCACAUGUGUGGACCAUGGAGUUGUGACAGAGAAGAUCCCCCGAUGUUCUGAGCGCGAGACCUGCAUCAACUUCAACAACCCCGCCAACCAGUUCUAUGCCGGUGUCUAUUGUCCAGCCGGCGUUGACAGCCAGAGUGAUGUGGUCUAUCUGGCCACGGGGGUCACGCAGCAGGACGCUCAGUACCUGGCUUCUUACAACGCUCGUUCAGGAGUGGAUGGAAUCAGUUGCGAGCACGGAGACUUCAUGCUGCGGCGUCCGGACCCCUCCACCGAUUUCGCUGACCCAGAUGUGAACAACUCCCGAGUAGAGUUGCAUGGGGAGAGUCUGGCUUGCGUUCGGCCUGAAGGGGGUGGAGAUUUCAUCUCGGCCAUCUUUGACAACGGCAAGCAGCAGGUGUCGUUUGUGAACAACAAGACGUUCGUGGGGGAGAACUCCGCGGACCUGUACGUUGAGCUCCACAACCCAGACUGCGCAGAGCCCAACCUGACAGCCCUCUCCCCUGAUGGUGAUCCUGGAGCCGAAGAGCCAACUCUUGCAAUCGUCGUGGAUGAUCUCUCGACACUCGAGCCUGCCGACCUCUCUUUGCAUCCGUGCGAAUGCCUUCCGCCUGGCUGGGGCGAGGAGGAGGAGAGCCCGUUUGGCCCGAGCAUGAGUGAUAAAGUCUUGAUCGUGCACGGGUCGUUUUCCUGCAGCCAAGAUGGACUGUUGUCCGUCCUGCAGCUGGAUGUGCGGGAGCCGCCAUUCCAGCUGUGCGAAGCAGCAUGUCGUCUGAACACAUCCUGCGCCUUCUUCUGGGCAGGCGCAGGAAUGUCAGGGCCCUCUCAGUGCAAACUGUACAGCCGUUGCAACCUCCUGGUCCGAGAAAUGGGCUCAGAGGGCGAGCUGUAUGGCUGGGCUCCCAGAACGUCGCUUUGCAAGAAGUCUGACCCGGAGGCCUGCUGGACCAGCACAGUGCGCCGGUCCAUGCUCAGCGCAACGGCCCUGAGCCCACAGAGGACAGCGGGCUCCGAGUCCCCGGAGCCAUUAUUUGUCGCAGGCGCUUUCAACAACCGGACCGAGGCAGAGGCCGGGUGCACGGCAGCCGGGCGCUGGCUCUGCAGCUCCUUCGACCUCCGCGUCGCGAGGGCCCGCCCUGUCGACAAUGCCAAGACGGCUUUUCUGCAGGACGUUUGUGGGACUCAAGAUGCCGACGGCUUCCACCAGACCGACUGCGGAUCGCAGAUGGGCGCCUUUUGCUGCGCCCAUUGCGGGCUUCGUGUGCAGAUCGAGCCGGAAGAGCCAAGAUGCCCCAGUCAUCACCCGUGGGCCUACCGCCCAAAGAUGAACUUCGACUCGUGCUGUGCAUCGGAGCACGGGGCAGAAAGCGGCCUCUACAACUCCGGCCUGUAUGAGGGGCGUUCGGACUCCUGCCUUGGUUUCCAUUACACGGAGUGCCCAGGAUCCGGCUGCGCUGACUACAGGAGGACUCUCACGCUCAGCUCGGGCUCCUACGCGACCCUCGCCGAGAUCGGAGGGCACGUCCUUUCCCUCGAACUGCUUGGUGGGCCGCUGUGCUCAGCGACCCUCUAUCAAGGUCAGGGCUUCACAGGCAUGGCGCAGUCACUUUCGCCAGGAACGUCAAUGGAUGCCUCCGCACUUUCCGCACUUGAUUUCCAGGUUUCGUCGGUACAGGUGCUGGAUGACCGGGCCUGUGAAGUCGCGCCGCCGCUUCGGCGGCCCAGCGGUCGGCCCUUAACGGAGUGCAGAGCAAGCGGCUGUGCAGAUGCCGCCAAGCAAGGCACGGCGUGGCAGUGCUACUUGCCUGAAAAGCAGCCUGGCGGCCGGUGCUUGUUCCAAGACUUGCUGGAGCUUUGCGACUGGAAGCUCCUCCUUGGCGGCGUCGGUGUUGAGACAUGUGGUACAUGCGAUUAUUCUCUUUCAAACUCCCACUACUGGCAGCACAAGAAGCCUUUGAAAGGCGUCUUCAAAGCCGGUGCAACAUUGGAGCUGUCCUGCUGGCAUGAAUUCUAUGCAGCUGUUCCGAGAGAAGGACUUUUCGGACAGAUUCAUGGGGAGCGCAGCCAGCUCACCUGCUCUGGGGGAGAUUGGGUGGCAGCAUCCAGCUUUGCUUGUGCAGCCUGCGUGCAGCUGGUGCGUGCUCCGUACGCAGACUUGCAGAAAGCAGAGAAGCAAGAGCUGUACUUCGUCAGGCGGCACGAGCACCAGGUGCUGGUCGACUUGAAGGCGCCACGAAUGAUUGAUCAGACGGGCCAGCUCGUCGAGGCCACAAUCAACCCCAAGGAGUGGGCGGGCAGCCUCCGAGUCCAUGGUCAAGAUGGAAGAGUCUGGACGACCUCUGAUGCAGGCUUCCACAUGUCGCCCCGGAACGCCGACGAUUCUGCCCAGCUCUUCCAUGCAAGCAAAACGGGCAAAGCCGACGAUGCCGGUGUGGUCUUUGCUUCUCUCCAGACCAAAUGCGUCACGGCCGGCGGGGCCAGCUUUACUGCCGCAGACAAGCUUGUGUCAGGAGAUUGCGUGGCCAAUUCAAGGCAGAGGUGGUGCGCCAGCCCAGAUGGAUUUCUAAGCGCAUCUGGAGUCUGCAUUGACGCCUUUGCCAAAUUGUCCCUUUGUCCCUGGAACAGGGCGGGCACUUUCAUGACUGAGGCCGUGCGGGUUGCAAGCCCGCGGGCCAUGAGCGCACCAUCCGGCGACAACAUCAUCCUGGACCCAGGCUAUUCAGAUCAGGGUUCUGACUUGGAACCGGACUACGCGGCGCAGCUUUGCAUUAAAGCCGCGAGGCGAAACCGCACAAGUGCGGUCUCUGAGCUUUCGGGUUCUCCAUAUUAUUGGCAGCAGGUAAGCCCGUACAACCCAUGCGAAGAUGAAAACAUCCUCAACACGACGGAGGAUGCUGAAGACAAGAACAAUACGGCGCUCUAUGCCAAGGAUUGGCAAGAUUGCCGGGAUAAAUGUGAGAAGCUUCCGCAUUGCAGAGGCUACAGUUUCAGGGCCUGGCGUGGAGAAGACACGUGCAUACCGUGCCCUCCGGAUGGUGGAUCAUGCUAUGAACACAAAUGUUGUGAGACAUGGAGCUGCAGCCCCUAUGUAGGCAUUGAUUAUUGCUGGCCGAGAGACUGGUGUUGUUUUUCCCACCCCAACGGCUGUUCGGGGUGGGCAACACCGGAACCAAAAUGGAAAUGCACAUUUCAUUCCAAGUUUCCCGAAGUGGGUCCGUCUUUUAGUGAUGGUGUGGCGUACAAUUCCUUCUGCUGGGGAGCAGAAACAACGACCACUACUACAACCACAACGACGACUACCACAAUUUAUGAGCCAGAUGUCCUUGUUGGCUUCGAGAUGGUGUUGGUGCCUGGUUCCAGUUACUCAGGUAAGUGCAGUGGGGCGGGGAUCGACGCUGACUGCGGGACAGGCGAGGGAAUCUCAUGUGUGGCUAGGUGCGCUCUCCACUGCUGGCAGCAGCAGCAGUGCGGAGGGUUCUCUCUCAAUUACCAACCCACUCGCAACCUCAUGCCACGGGGGAUCUAUGCCUGCACAUUCUACGCAGAAGUCAGCGACCCCAGCCCCGAUUCCAAUGAUGACGGGUCUAAGUGCUAUCGCAAGUUGCAGCAACAGGAGUCGCAGCUUUGCCAAGUUCCAGCGGAGAGAGCUGGUCCUGGAGGCUUCUUGCCAGAGGUUCCAGAUCCCAGCAGUGGACACAUCUGGCGACUUCGAUCUUCUGAGAGGCGCUCUCAGUGCUUGGAGGUGUCAACGAACUCCUUUGUUACUGUGCCCUGUUCUCCGCAACAGGGGAGGCAAGAGUUCGACACUGCGCAGAUCACUGCAACAAUGCUUUCGGACCUGACGAACAGUUUGAUGACGCGGGUGGGAGAAUCAGAGUCCAACGGCCAACAGACGUGGCUGCACUUGCUGGAUGUGACAGCGAAUGUCGACUGCGGCGACUUCCCUUUGAAAGUGUUGACAUUCCCGACGGAUGAAGCAACUUCCGUUGGAACAGUAUGCUCCAUUGCUGCAGCUUUGGGACGGCCAAGGUCUGUGGAGGGCAAGAUAGCUUUGGACAAAAACAUUUUGACAAGCAUGCAGCCCUUCGGCUGCAACAGCAGUGAGUUGCUCACGUCGAUGAAGAAGGAGCGUGGUACAUUAAAGAUGACCUACGCGUGCUCGGCAAUGGCCGGCAUGGGAGAAUGCAUGGACUACUACACGCCGCAAGUGGAUGAAGCCCAUCAAUUGAGCCGAGCACGGAUGAAUUGCAGUGCAUCGCAGGGCCUACAGAAGGCCAUUCCAGAAAUGUCCAGCGCGGGAGAUUGGUUGCGCUUCCGGUACACCUGUUGUGCAAUCAGCGCUAUUCCAAUGGCAGUGACGCCAUCCGGACACGUGACUGCCGGUCUGUCUUGA